AUGGACCGACAGACCAGUGGACGCGGCAGAAUUUUCAUCCAAUUCAGCCUUCUCUCUCUGGACGCUUUCAAGCUGAACUCUGUCCUGGCCAUCUCCCACAAGGUCGCCCUCUCUGUCGGGGGAAUCAUUCGAUACCGUCUCAAGCUCCUCCCCUCCCAAGCCAAGAACAUCGACAAACUCCAGUUCUGUAUCCGCAACAGCGCACCUAUCUACAGAAACAUCACCCCCAGCUCAGGACCCUGGAAGAUAGCCGUCGCCCUCGUCAGGAACCCAGACAAACUCCCCGUCGUUCCCGAGCUUGUCCCUUCAAUUGGCUGUGCCCAGGUCUGCCGCCUCGAUGCCUUGGUGAACCAUAAUGACGACGACGACGACGACGACGAAGGAUGUAACGAGUGGGAGCUCGAGGUCUUGUCGGAAAUGAUCCUUCAACACAACUGGAUCGAUAUCUUGAUUGAAAUUUAUGUUGUGCCACGGGCAGGCAGCACCACCCCAUUGGAGGCAACCACAGCUGCAACCGACAACAACUCACGAGCCGAGGGAACCGACACUGAAGUCCAGCCCAAAGUCUUGCUGCCUACCGUUUUGUCCUGCGACUAUAAGGACACCCAAACUAUUUGUGGACCCGUUCGCCCAGAGGAUGUCUCGGGGGCAGGGGACGAAGAGGGUCUUCAUCUGGUGUUGUUGACCCACGGCAUCCACGGGUCUUGGCUCGACAUGCUGUACAUCAAGGAGCAGAUCGAUGCGCACAACAAGGACAACGGAAAGACAAUCACCUUCUUGACCGAUACCAACCACGCAGGAACCGAGGAGGGCAUUCAAAUAGCAGGGCAGCGAGUGGCGAUGGAUAUCCUUGAGUGGACAGGAUAUUGCGAUACUGAGCAAGGACAGCAACUGAGAAAGGCGUUCGCCCUUGCGGCCUCGAAAUCGACAACAAUAUCAGCAACAACAUCGACAUUGACACAAAACAAGACAACAAUCAAACCAUUCCCCCGAGGCAUCUCCAAAGUUUCGAUCAUCGGACACUCACUGGGUGGUCUCAUCAAUAUGUACGCACUCGGCUUCGUUGAAGAGAUGACACAAGGCGCCUUCUUCAGAACCAUCCAGCCGGUUCACUUCAUCACCCUCGCUUCACCACUGCUUGGCGUUGGCUUUGAGCAUCCUUGGGUUCUGGCCUAUGCUCUGUCUCAUGGUGUCAUCGGUCAGACAGGAAAGGAUCUUGCCCUCGCGAACCGAUCGUCCAAACUAAAGAGUUCCAUCUCUUCAGCCUCGUCAGCCACCUCCCUCUCUACCACGUCGACAUUGACCUCGGACAAGCACUCACUAACAACAUCAACGUCAACAUCGGCACCAGGACUUAUCAUGGAAUGCGCCCUUGACAAGGGCUCAGAACCCCUACUGCUGGCUAUGGCUCGACCAGGAUCCACCUCAAAUCGCGUCCUGAAGCAGUUCGUCAGCAGGACCUCGUAUGCUAACAUUGAGAACGACAUGGCAGUCAAGUUCAACACGUCGUCGAUGAUGGGUAUCCCAAGUUUCGACAUGGAUCAGUUCUUUUCGCCAGAAGGAGCGGCAACACAACCCAAGAGGAGCUUAUACCACUCUGCCCUCGUCAGCAUCUUGGCGCUGCUCCUGCCUCAGAUCCCACCUCGAGCCAAGUUCUUGGGGAUUGCCGAUGCGCCGUCUCCAGUCGUCAUUGUAGAACGCGUUGCAGCAGGAUCAGUCGAGAAACUUGACGGCACUUUUGAGACCCAAGACGCGACAACAACAGCGAUGGCCGUGACAACAGGAGUCGAUGCCACAGGGACAAAACGGAACAGGAAAAACAAAGAAGCAGGAAGUGUCAAAAAGUCAACAGCUUCGUCCAACCGGUCGACUUCAAGGCCAAGUUCAGGAUCAGCGUCCGACUCUUCAUCAAGGUCCUCUUCACCCUCGUCUACCAGCGACGUGUCGGCAAAGUCGCGACUAGAAAUAGCACUCCUCGUGUCGGAGGGAUACCAUACUGGCAUGGACUGGACCAAGAUCGGCGUUUUUAUUGAGCAUGAGGCGCAUGUGCAGAUCAUUGUCAGGCGCAAGUGGUACAACCUUGACGGCUGGAAGUGUGUCCAGGACCUUGCCGAGCGCUUCAACUUUUCGUAG